GUUUACAUUGGAGCUGCGCUUGUGCAGCAAAACUUGAAGGAACCGGACCUGCUCAUUGGGAUUGAUGAUUGUAAGAUCGAAUGGAGCGACAAGCUGGCUAGCCAAUUGAAAAAACUCGCAACUGUAUUUUCUACUAACAAUGCUGGUGCCACUACCGCGUCCGUUACCAGACGUACUCUAAAUGUUAGGCUACAGUUAAAGAGGGCCGCGUUGUUUUCUCUGGCAAAGGAAACAUCGUAUCUUGCUUGGCUAUGCGAUGAAUUAGCGGCAGAAAGUUCUUCGUCGUGUGAUUUAGUGGUGUCGGCGCAGAAGACUCGUUUAGUGUCCGGAGUGAUUCGUGACACCUUCAUCGACCUCGUCGUGCUCUAUAGUGUAAAGAAAUUCGUUCCACCUCCACCAGAAAAGGAUGCUUAUCCACCUUGGCGUUGCUGGAAUCAGUCGGAAAAUGAUGCACGUAAAAGUCGGCGACGCACCGCUCUCGGUGAAAACAACAUGAAGCAGCCGCAGUUG